AUGGCCCCGACGCGCAAGGAGAAUGCUUCGCCAUGGUACUGCAAGUGGUGCAGGCACGACGUCACGAAUCAGCCGUGGUUCAAUGCCUCCACCCUUGUCUACUGUAAGAAGUGCGGCCUGCACAAGAGCAACUGUUUCAAGGAAAACAAAGCAGCGUCGCAGCCCAGUGUCUCGGCCAAGCAGCAGUCGCUCGCGGCCAAGGUCAAGGAGCUCGAGGCGCAGCUCACCAAGCUCCGAGAGCAUCCCCCCAGGGCAUGGGCCUGCGACUACGGGUACAGGUUGGACGCCGAGCUCUUUCAAGAUAGGCCCAUCGAGCAUCAGGCCAGGUCUUUGGCGUCAAGAUUGUCUUCCGCCCGUUCGCGACAGGCUACCAUCCAGGCCACCCGUGACGAGCAGCAGAAGAAGAUCGACGAGCUCACCCGCGGCCUGGCCGACACGGACUCCAAGUUGCAAGAGGCCGCGGCGGAGGUCCUCCGCCUGGAGCAGCAGACCCGCACCGCCAUGUCGCGAGUCCAGCCGCCCGAGGGCACGCAGCCACCGACGCUUGCGGACUUGCUGCCCACCUUCGCGGUCAGUGUGGAGCAGCUGGGCAAAGUUGCAACAGGCCUCGGUCUUGGCGCCGACAUGGUCAAGGAGCUGCAAGCUAUGGCCGACACGGUCAGCAAGCUGCAGAGUUUGCCCCAGGCCAAGCCGCCUGAACCUGCACCUGCUCAUGCUGAUGCGGAUGAAGCUAGUGCUGAGCCACCUGACAUCGAGAUGUCUGAGCAGGAGUACCGUGAGACGCUCGGUGCAGCAGGGGUCCACGUCGAAGAGAGCGACACCCCCGACAUCGUGCGCGAGAAGUUCAAGCGUCUUCAGCAGAGCGACUUGGACACUGUGGCCAAGAAGGGGGGAGAGGGAUUCAGCCCCUCAUCGUCACACCUCCCUGCCCACAACGGCUUCCAGUACCAUGACCUCGGCUGGGACUACGGCGCCUACAUUAUUUCCCCCACUGGCCCGCUCCUCGGGGUGGGGGGCAGCUCCGACCUUGACUGCGGCUCCGCCUACGUCGAUUGCGCCUGCAGCUGGGUCUUUGGCGUCCACGGCAUCACAGAGGGCUGCUCCGCCUACGCCUACGCGGUUGGCCCCUGGCAGCACGCGCUGCUCACCGACCUCACCUUCGGGGGGCGGCGGCAGAGGGCGCCGACCGUCUUCGGACGGCACGCACCGCUCACCGCCCUUGCCCUCGGAGAAUCCAGGCUUGGCGAGUUUCAGGCCAGGGCCUUGGACGCUGGAUGGCAUGGGCUAUGGGCCCCGUCGCCCACUACGGGUGACUCAGCCACGUCCAACUUCGGAGGGGUCGCUGUACUCGUGCCGACGUACAUUAUGGUCACGGCCCCACCUGAUGACGGGCACAUUAUCUAUCCAGGACGAGCAGUUUGUGCACAGAUUAACUGGGGAGUUGCUGGCGGUAUCAUUGUCGCCAGUGUUUAUCUUGUCACGUCCAUUGGCAUCUCGGGCGAAAACAUUGAGGUGCUGUGGGCCUUGGCCCAGAGGGUGGCAGCAUGGAACUCACGGGACCUCGACUGGAUCCUAGGCGGCGACUGGAACGCCGACAUCGAUGCGCUUAAUGUUCGCAACUGGGUCGAGACCAUGGCAGCCAUCCACUAUGUGCCUGACCAGCACACCUGCAUCACCGACGAGGGCAAGAGCACCAUAGACUAUUUUGUUGUCUGUGCCAAAUUAGCGUCUCGCAUCAAGGGCAAGCCAGGGGUCCAGUAUGACUCCACGGUCGUGCCGCCGCCGCACUUCCCUGUGGAGCUGCAGCUCAUGGGCGAGGAUCGCCCCACGUGGCAUCCCUACCCGUGGCAUAUGCUCCAGACAGAGUUCCAACGGGUCAGCAGUGUCGACGACCUGAGCUCGCUCUGGGACUCUGUGCUGCGGGGGGUGGACUACGAGCUGGCAGGGCGCUACGACUGCGUGGGCGCUAAGGCCAUGCAGUACAUCGGACGUGAAGGGCCGCCGCAGUUCAAGUGGCAGCACCUGUCAUGGCAGCCGCCGCGCAGGCGUACCUACAAGGAGCCGACUGUGCUGGCCUGGGCCACGGCGAAGCGCUGGGCCCAGCACCUCGUGGCCGAGAAGAAGCGGCUUGUGAGGUACAUCGAGCGCCUCAAGCUGUGUGCCGCCGUUUGCGCCAUCACGCCGCUGCAGUACACCAAGGUCGUCGUGGCCUUCAAUGAAGUGGGCUGA